GAUCACACACGCGGUCACGUGACCGCGUCGCGCCAUCAGGCCGCUCCGUCACCUGAUCCCCGCUUGAAUAUUGAUGCUGGGCCGCCUGCGCGUGCACCUCGUCUGAACAUGUCGUCGCUGCCGCAGCCGUGUUCGGCGUCGCCGAGCGCCAGCCGGACGCUGGCGGCCGCUGCCGUCGGCGGGAGGAGAGUCACGCACCCGGGCAAGGCCAUCCUGGCAGGUGGGAUCGCGGGGGGAAUCGAGAUCUGCAUCACCUUCCCCACAGAGUACGUCAAGACCCAGCUGCAGCUGGACGAGCGAGCCAACCCGCCCCGGUACCGAGGCAUCGGUGACUGUGUGAAGCUGACGGUGCAGGACCACGGCCUCAGAGGUCUGUACCGAGGCCUCAGCUCCCUGCUGUACGGCUCCAUACCCAAGUCAGCGGUGAGGUUCGGCACCUUUGAGAUCCUCAGCAACCCCAUGAGGGACAACACGGGCCGGCUGGACAACACCCGCAGCCUGCUGUGCGGCCUGGGCGCCGGCAUCGCCGAGGCCAUCGUCAUCGUCUGUCCCAUGGAGACUCUCAAGGUGAAGAUGAUCCACGACCAGUGUUCCCUCACGCCACGCUACCGAGGCUUCUUCCACGGAGUCAGCGAGAUCAUCCGCGAGCAAGGGGUGAGGGGCACCUACCAGGGGCUGACCGCCACCGUGCUCAAGCAGGGAACCAACCAGGCCAUCCGCUUCUACGUCAUGAACUCGCUGAGGAACUGGUACAAAGGUAACGACCCCGGCCGAGAAAUGCACCCCCUGGUGACGGCCGUGUUCGGGGCCACGGCAGGAGCCGCCAGCGUCUUGGGGAACACGCCGCUGGACGUGGUGAAGACCAGGAUGCAGGGUCUGGACGCCCAGCGAUACAGGAACACGGUGGACUGCGCCUUCCAGAUCCUGAGGCAGGAAGGACCGCAGGCGUUCUACAAAGGGACGGUUCCCAGACUGGGCCGCGUGUGCUUGGACGUGGCCAUCGUCUUCGUCAUCUACGAGGAGGUGGUGAAGCUGCUCAACAACGUGUGGAAGACCCAGUAGAGCGCCACGCUCCCAGGAAAGCACAGACUCCUCCCACUGAAGAACCGUCCCCACGGCGACCAAGGGCUGCUGCUGCUGCACUGUGAGGUUGGCGAGGACUCCGGACUGUUGUGGACUGUCAGUGUCGUGUACGCUCAGAUCCCGUGAUCCAAGAGAUGUGAGGCGUGAGGGCGGGGCUUCAUCAGGCCUAGAGUGUAACCACAACCAUCUCGCUCCACAUCUGGACGCCAUCUUUUUGCCAAGUUCGGAGCCGAGGCAGCUGAAACGGUCUGUGCUUUCCGCGCCGUCUCGACGGGAAAACCAUUCAUGUGUCUUUCGCUUCACCGAGUACUUAGGAGAGAACGGCCUCAGUCGCGGUGACCUGCGGCUCUUCGUCCCCGCCUUGUUGUGGUGUCAUGAGUUCCUUCUGUCUGCUGGUCACCGGUGACACUUGAACGAGAGGCGAGGGCUUCGCCUCGUCUUUGCCAAACCUCUCCACUUGUUUGUGCGUAGCUAAGGCCCCAGUUGUUUUUUUUUUUACGGUGGAAUCUGGCAGCCUCAUGACGUCAUGCUCGAGCUUGAUCUAUUAAAGUUGCCAUGGUUCAAGACCA